CACCGCACCCAUGUAUCGAGCAUUCACAGUGAGAGAAACGAAACAAUUUUGUAGGGUUCUUGUGAUUGUUCCUCCUACAACAUGGGUGGAUCUACAUUGAAGCGAAUCAAGAGAGUAAGCAUAGUGUUGUCUCAACCUCGUCCAUGAUGCAAACGUCAUGAUUAUGCCGGGGUUGACGACGCGAUUUGCUGAUGCUGAGAACAAAAGGGCUUGUUACAGAAUGGUCGCAACCAACUUGACAGGUACUGUAGAUGGGCAACAGAAAGGACAAUUCACUCAAUCACACUGCAAAGCAUGCAUCUCUUGUACUAUCAAAUAUUUUAGUUUACUUCGCAGAAAGCGACGGUUUUGUGUUGGUGUUGUCUUGAACCGUGGUUCUCGAACCAAUAUAAUUCUGCAUGAAAGUGAACAGUUUUUCGGCUGA